AUGGCUGCGCUCACCAUACAAAGGACUGACAACUUUUUGCACACCUUUUUACAGGACCGCACGCCCAGCUCCUCUCCGGAGGGACCCCCCAACGCCCUGUCCUUCCUGGCCACCACCUGUAGCCAAGCCUGGCAGGUGGGCAGCACCACGGCCUCCGAGGGCUCCCAGUUCCCCUACGAGGGCACCGUCAGCUCCGCAUCUGGGAUGUUCCAGCUCUGGAGCAACGACAUGGCGCCCAGCACGGCUCUCAGCACACACCAAAUGACCUUCACCGUGCCCAAAGUGCAGUUUCCUGGACACGUGCAGUCUGGCCUGGGGCACCACCACCAUCAUCACCCCCACCACCACCAUCAUCAUCACCACCACGAGCUUCCUCUCACCCCUCCGGCUGAGCCCGUGUCGUCGUACUCGUUCGAACUCUCCCCUGUAAAAGUGCUGUCCUCGCAGCCGCAGGCCAACGGGUCCUACUACCCACAACACAGCAGUGUGGGACAAAACUUCCCCAGCUUCCUCCAGAACUCUUCAGCAAGGCAUCACCUGCCUGGAGGCCACGGGGAGGAAGGGCAGCAGUGGUGGAGCCUUCCCCAAACCAACGCAACACCCUCCAACCAUCCCUUCGCCCUGGGCAGACAGCUGGUUUUGGGCCACCAGCCGCAGAUAGCCGCUCUCCUCCAGGGGACCUCCAAGGGCCUGUUGAGCUCCACGCGCCGCUGCAGGCGCUGCAAGUGCCCCAACUGCCAAGCCAGCGGCGGAGGAUUGGAGUUUGGCAAAAAGAGACUGCACAUCUGCCACAUCCCGGAGUGUGGCAAAGUGUACAAGAAGACCUCGCACCUGAAGGCCCACCUGCGCUGGCACGCCGGCGAGAGGCCCUUCAUCUGUAACUGGCUCUUUUGCGGCAAAAGCUUCACGCGGUCGGAUGAGCUGCAGAGGCACCUGCGCACACACACCGGGGAGAAACGGUUCGGGUGCCAGCAGUGCGGCAAGAGGUUCAUGAGGAGUGACCACCUCUCCAAACACGUCAAGACCCACCAGACCAGGAAGAGCAGGUCUGGGCAGCCGUCACAGGGCUCAGACACUCUGCUCACCAGCAUCAAGAGAGAGUAA